GCAAUCGGAUUCCUGUCCCAUAACCUGGAUUUAUUGCAUGCGCAUCUUGGCAUCAGUGGCAACACCGAAGAACACGUCGACUCAGCACCAUACAAGGUACCCGAAGCAGAACACCAAGACGGCCCCUGAAUCAACCGAAGGCACAAUCGGGAUGGCUGAAGAACCAGCAUGCUCAAUACAUCGGCCCACCGCGACCGCAGACUCCGAUUCAGACUCGGACUUCAGCAUGGAGUCCCCCUCGACAUCUACGGACCGAGAUUCCUUUGAAAAUGUGAGCGAAGAGGGUGGAUCAGAGUGCGCGAUCCAGACUCUCUACGAAGGGCCCCCCAAGUGUGAAUGUUGCAAGAACUGGGUGGAGGAAUACCCUGUCGACCUGCGGGCGGAAAUCGAGCAAGGAGAGCAGAGCAAACAGAAAGCCCUCGUCGUUCGCAUGCGCAGGAACCAUGGAGAUGGCAAGGCACUUGUGCUGGACUCCGUGGUUGUUCGGAACCAGUCGCUGAAGAGGACCCUGUGCGAAGUAUUUGACGGCUACCAAGGCAUCACACCAUCCCUGAAGAAACUCGUCUUCACGGCCCCUUUCCACCCUUUCCACCACCGGUGGGCAAAGUUCCAGCAGAUAUUCGAUCGCCAGAAGAGCGAAGACCCGGAGUCCGCGAGCUACACACAGCUCUUGUACGAUGUGCUACACAGCGAGCUCAAGGAUACCAGGGCCGAGAUCGCCGACCUCGUCGCUCACGGUGUAAUCACGUAUCCCUUGCUCUGGGCAAUCUUUGAGCCCGGUACUCGUGUUGUGACCGUCCAGGAUGGCCAGCCAGACCGCUUCUUCAUCGUCAGCAAUUACGCUUACAAUCGUGAAGAGGGCUUCAAGUUCUUCGACAUGGCGGCCACGUUCGUGGACUGGGAAGGAAGGCAAUUCGCCUACACAAAAUCAAGGAUGGCCAUCGGCCAGUUCAACGGGACCAUGGCGAUCACACAGCUCAACGUGAUGCCUGCUAAAUUUUACCCGUCAAGAGAAGAGUCGGAGGCAAGCGCUAUAGCCCGCGGUCGACGAUUUGUGGAGCUCCGUGGCUACCACUAUGCGGCCUAUCAGGGUAGUUUCAGGUUCAAAGCCCGGCUUCAUGGGCAGGACCCUCAGGAUGUGGACCGGCAGGUCGAUGGCCGUAUAGUGGUGGACGCAGCGUCCUAUAUUGACUCCAACUGGGGCCCUAGCCAACGGUCAAUCUUUGAACCUCUUGGAACAAAGCUUGCCGCUCCAGAGAUAGACGUUGAAGACGGAGCUCAUAUGCCCUACGAGAGUCGGGAUGGAAGCGGCAGAAACAUGUUGCCACCGCCACCGGCCGCGAGACGUAUGACGACGUCCACGCCGGCGUCGCACGGGUCGCAUAGGGGGCCAAUGUAUCGAAAACCGCUCGAACAUUGGCAGGUGAAAUAUGAGUUCAUCACGCCGGAGGAGCAGAAGGAGACUGAUGCCGACCUCACGGAAGCAGAACUUAUGCUGUGCAACACUCGCGUGCGGGGGUACUCACUGAAGCUCAAAAAGUGGGGAGAAUUCGAUGUAGACAGCGUCAGGGAGAUCGUGUGGAACGACAAGGCGUUCCCGAGCCUGAUGCUUCCCAACGGCUACAAAGAUCUGAUCCUGUCAUUCGUAGAGGGCCAAGCCUCCAACAAGAACAGCUUUGACGACAUCAUAGAAGGAAAAGGGUUAGGUCUUAUUAUGCUUCUGGUGGGCACUGCCGGCACAGGCAAAACGUUGACAGCCGAGGCGGUGGCCGAUAAGGUCCGAAGACCGCUGUACAUGUUGAGUGCCGGAGAACUUGGCCAGAAAGCGAACGACGUCGAGUUUCAUCUGGGCGAAAUUCUCCGACUGACCGAAAAGUGGAACGCCGUCCUUCUUUUCGAUGAGUGCGACGUCUUCCUGCAAGAACGGUCCAUGAACAACCUUGAACACAACGAAAUUGUUGCGGUCUUCCUUCGUGUUCUUGAAUAUUAUCGAGGAAUACUGUUCAUGACCACCAACCGCGCCGAGAGCAUCGACCGUGCCUUCCAGAGCAGAAUCCAUCUGACACUGAACUACCCCGACCUCCAACCCCAAGCGAAGGAGCACAUUUGGCGGCAGUUCAUGACGCAGGCGGGGGAGGCCAGUUGCCUCACGGAGGAGACAUUUGCACGCCUGGCGCAGCUGCCUCUCAACGGGAGGCAGAUCAAGAACACCGUCAAGAGUGCUAUCCUUUUAGCCACGCAGCAGAAUGAGAGUCUCGGGAUUGAGCAGAUCCAGACUGUGUUGGAGGCAACGGGACAUGGGGUUGGUAUCGACGAAUGA